AUGCUAAAAUUAAAACUUAAAAAUGCUGCAAAAGAACAUAUACUUACACAAAGUAGAAAUAAUGAUGAAAAAUUUUCAAAAUUUACAGUUACUGAAAAUAGUAAUUUAAAAUAUAGUGAUCAAGAAUAUAGUGAUCCAGUACUUUUAGUUUUUGAAUCUGAAAACAGUAAUAGAGAGGAAUUUAAUAAUGAGAAGACAGAACUUAAUAAGAAGACUAAACAAUUAAUUUAUAAAAAUAGUUCUUUUUAUAAUCUUAAAUGGGAUAAUAAAGCAUCUGGUAGUCAGUUACUAUAUUAUUCUGGUGGUUCAAAACAUACUCAACAACAAAAAAAUAAAGACUUACAAAAGGUAGCACAAGGAUCAAUAAGUUUGAAUAAUUUUUUUAAACUAAUAAAAAAGCUAAAAAUUGAAUAUAAGAUGUCAGACUCAAAUAUAAGUGAUUUAGAUGUAGAAAAUAACAGUUCUAGUUUAGAACAAUUGUAUAAAUUAAAUAAUAAACUUAAAGAUACAAAAAAUAUAAAUAAUUAUGAAUAUCUUCAUCUUUUAGCUAUAUAUAAAUACCUUACUGCAAUCUUUAAUAAUUAUAAAGAGUUCCAAUUAUAUAUAAAAUUAAGUCUUAAAAUAUUACAAAAACAUUAUGUUCAGAACAAUGUCUUAUUGUAUGUUACUAGUUCUCAUAUAUCAAUUUUAUUAGAAACAGCUCGAAUCUGGCUUCAUCACCUUGGCCUUGUAUAUCAACUACACCAACAAGGUAUUUAUUAUAAUGGACAUAAACAUUCUGAUAUUGUACAAUAUCAUACAGUAUUUCUUGAAAAAAUAAAAAACCUUGAAACUUUAAUGUUACAAUUUGUUGGUGAAGAUAUGAAAAUAGUUAUAAAUCCUGAAAUAAGUGAAGAACAACAAGUUCAUAUUUUUGUCACCCAUGAUGAGUGUACAUUCUAUACUAAUGAUAGUUAUCCUUCAGUGUGGACCCCUCUUGGUAUGCCACCACUACACAAAAAAGAAAUAGAUAAAUCACUUAUGGUUUCAGAAUUUUUAACUGAGACUUAUGAUCACCUCACAAUUACUCUUAAAAAAAUCGAUAAAUUAAACCUGCUGCCAAUAUUUCUACAAGAAGCUUGUGUAAUUAUUAAACCUGAUAAAAAUGAUAAAGGCUGGUGGAAUGGUUCUAAUUUGCUUACACAAGUAGCUAAUAAAGCAAUUCCUAUUUUUGAAGCAACACAUCUAAACUGUAUUGGUGUUUUCAUAUUUAACAAUAGCACCAAUCAUAGUGCUUUUGCAAAUGACAUGUUAUGUGCUAAGAAGAUAACCUUUAUCCUGGUAGUAAACAGUCAAGAUUAUGCAAUAGAUAGUUUAUUGAUGAACAAGAUGACUGAGUUAUUUAGCAAAUAA